AUGUCUACUACUACAGGUUUGAAUAUCUUGGCAAUGCUGGAGAGCAUGGCGGAGCAGGGCGUAUGUGUAGACCUCGACUCUCCAACUACACGACGCCAAGGGAAACGGGGCUUAGAUUUCACCAAGGCUGAGUACUUUUUGGAAUACCUCGUAGAUCAUCAACUUGGUACUACAGCUGGCUCCAAAGUAAGUCACUCGCUAGCACCCAGCCCUACACAAACCCCAAAGCUCAAGCUAAAACCCAUCUUCUCCCCCUCUCAGCUCUAUCGAGCGCUACAAGCUCCUCCCAAGAACGAGGACUUCGUCUUCGACUUCAACAAGACCACCGUCCCAGUAGCCAACCGCCAGAACUUCCCAGCCCUGAUAAACACCGGUGUUGCUUUCACUUGCGGCAUGACCUUCCUGCACCUGCACCCCCGCGCGACGGAGCUUUUCGCCGUCACGUCCGGCAGCCUGUACUCCGAGAUGGUUCCGGAGGGCGGCGUCACCGACGCCAAUGGCACCGAGCGGAUGAUCAAGAACACUCUUCAGGCUGGCCAGAUGACCAUCUACCCGGCCGGGUCGUUCCACACGCAGGUCAACCCGAACUGCGAGGCUGCGGGGUUCGCGGCGGCGUUCAAUGCGGAUGACUAUGGGUUUACUGUUGUGGCGAACCAGACGCUGGCGCUGGAUGAUGAGAUUGUGGCGGCUUCUUUUGGGAAGACGGUUUCUGGGGAGGAUGUGGAUUCGAUCCGGGAUUCUUUGCCCGGGGGCGUUCUGAUUAUGGUGGAGGACUGUUUGAAGAAGUGUGGGAUGAAGAAGCGCGCGCUGUAG